GCGGAGCGGGGUGAUGGCGGGUGCCGCUAGACGCCUGCUGUGCGAGGGAGGGAGGGAGUGCUCUUGGGCGGUGAUGCCGUAGAUUGAAAAAGGACUUAGAGGGAAUUGGCAGCCAGCGCUAGGGGGAACUGGCGUGAAGAAGACGACGAAUCAGCUUCGAUGCAUCAAAGGGCUUCCUUUGCUUGAUGGGCGCUUAGCAGUCGCUUGCUGGAGGCGCUGAGGUCGGCGGGUGUGCAAAGCGUUUCUCUCAUCCUUAUUUCCCUUCUCCCGACGCCUAGGUUUGGCCUUCCACCUCGUGUAGAUUCUAUUUGGGAAAAUUUGUCCUCUUUCCUUUUCCCACAAUGUGGAGCAGGGACAGGGCAGUAGCUGCUCCGGACAGGCUUCGGUCGGAGGUGUCCGGCGCGGAGAGAGUCCUGGCUGUCACCGACCAGCUUCUUCCUUCUCCCUCCUCAUCCUCCACCUCUGCCCAGCCCAUGGCACCGCUAAGCGUCCGAAGCCGGGAGAGUGGCUCUAAGAUCCAAGUGUCCAUCAUUCUUCCUGUUCAUAAUGCUGAGUGUUGGUUGGAUGACUGUUUGCAGUCUGUUUUAGAACAAGAUUUUGAAGGCACCUUGGAGCUUUCCAUCUUCAAUGAUGCCAGUAAGGACAAGUCAAUGAAUAUAAUUAACAAAUGGAAGAUUAGGUUAGAAGCUUUAGGCAUCAGAGUAAUCAUUGGUGGUCAUGAUUCUCCUUCUCCCCGAGGAGUUGGAUUUUCUAAAAAUCAAGCCAUAGCACAGAGUUCCGGGUCUUACCUUUGUUUUUUGGAUUCGGAUGAUGUGAUGAUGCCUCAGAGGGUGAGAUUGCAAUACAAAGCUGCCAUUCAACAUCCAAACAGUAUUAUAGGGUGCCAAGUGAAGAGAGAACCCCCGAACUCAACUGAGCGCUAUACUCGUUGGAUCAAUAAUCUAACAUCUGAACAACUUAUCACUCAGGUGUUUACUUCCUAUGGACCAACAGUGAUCAUGCCUACCUGGUUCUGCUCCCAAGAAUGGUUUUCCAAAGUUGGAAAAUUUGAUGAGAGUGGUAAGGGUGUGCCUGAGGACUUGUUAUUCUUUUAUCAUCAUCUGCGAAAGGGUGGUGAAGUCUUUCUGGUUGAACAGUGCCUUCUCCUCUAUCGAUACCAUCCAUAUGCAGCAACACACUCAGUCCUAGAAAGCACCAUCUGGCAACACCGAGUCCAGUUCCUAGAGGAAAGGGCUCUUCAGCAUUGGACAUCAUUUACUAUCUGGAAUGCUGGCAAACAGGGAAGAAAACUCUAUAGAAGCUUAUCCCCAGUAAAUCAGAAAAAGGUUGUUGCCUUCUGUGAUGUUGAUAAAAACAAGAUCAAGAAAGGUUUCUACUCUUAUGAAGACUCUAAGGAAAGACCCAAACCAAAGAUUCCAAUACAGCAUUUCAAGGAUGCUGACCCUCCUUUUGUGAUUUGUGUAAAGCUGGAUCUUACUGGUGGGACAUUUGAAGAAAACCUGGAGUCGCUGAAUCUGCAGGAAGGCCUAGAUUAUCUUCAUUUCAGUUGACCUUGUCAUUAUGUUUUUGCAUUAAAAGCUACAAAGAUCCAGCCAAAAGGGGUCCUAGAAAAUGGAAUUGGUCCAGCCCUAGGCAGGGAGCAAGAUGGAACUAUACUUCAAACCUAGCAGCAGAGCUGUUGCUUCACCUGAAUUAUCGUGGAAACAGUGGCAUUUUGGAACUACCUCACAUGUGCAAUUUCAGCAGGUACAAUCUGAAUGACAAAUCAACUUCACGCUAUGACUGUAAGUGGAGAGGGCGAGAGCCUCAGGUGCAUUGAAUGUUCUUCAGAAGAAGGUGAGGCAGCCACUUCAUACUGUGAGGACAUUAAUAAAUGUUGAACUAAAAUA